AUGGGAUCAGGCCCUUUGAUGAUUUUAGUGGUUGUAAUUAUAUUAAUGCGAUUCAUUUUAUGGUCCUGUUUCAGCGCUUAUUUAGAUUACAAACUGUCCCGUAGGUUUCCUGAAAAGAGGAAGGACUCUUGA